UUAGAAGAUGACAAGUGUCAAGAGGGAACUUGACGAUGAACUGUCUUCUCCUUGGUUCUACGCCGUUUGUACCAUGGGAGGAAUGAUCAGUGCCGGAACAACACAUCUCGCUGUAACCCCUCUUGAUGUCCUCAAAGUCAAUAUGCAGGUGAAUCCUGUGAAGUACAAUAGCAUCCCCUCAGGUUUCUCCACUCUCUUAAGAGAGCAUGGCCAUUCCUAUCUUUGGAGGGGUUGGUCAGGGAAGCUUUUAGGCUAUGGUGUUCAAGGCGGAUGCAGAUUCGGACUCUAUGAGUACUUCAAGACACUCUACAGCAAUGUGUUGCCUAACAACAACAGAACUUCCAUAUAUUUUCUUAGUAGUGCUUCUGCUCAGAUAUUCGCAGAUAUGGCCUUAUGUCCUUUUGAAGCUAUAAAAGUUAGAGUUCAGACGCAGCCCAUGUUUGCAAAAGGGUUGCUUGAUGGGUUUCCGAGAGUAUAUAGAAAUGAAGGUCUUGCUGGCUUCCACAGGGGACUUUUUCCGCUUUGGUGUCGUAAUCUUCCAUUUUCUAUGGUGAUGUUCUCAACGUUUGAGCAGUCAGUGGAGUUUAUAUAUCAAAACAUUAUCCAGAAAAAGAAGCAAGAUUGCUCUAAAGCUCAACAACUUGGUGUCACAUGUCUUGCUGGCUAUACUGCUGGAGCCGUAGGCACACUCAUCUCUAACCCUGCCGAUGUGGUUGUUUCGUCUCUCUACAACAACAAAGCCAAGAAUGUCUUGCAGGCUGUGAGAAACAUUGGGUUGGUUGGUCUCUUCACCAGAAGUCUUCCUGUUCGACUCACGAUCGUUGGACCUGUCAUAACCUUGCAGUGGUUCUUUUACGAUGCCAUCAAAGUCUUAAGUGGAUUCCCUACAAGUGGAGGUGUGAAGAAACCGGUGGAUGCUACUAAAGUGUCAGUGUGAAGCUUAGAAGAGUAGAUUUAUCUCUUUCAACAUCAGAAUUUGAAACUCAAAAACAUAUUAUGCAUUGUGUAAGAUUCUCUUACAAGUAGAUACUGAGUCUUAUGAGCGUUGUGUAGCGGUUGGAAUGAGCGUUUUCUUACAAGUAGAUACUGAGUCUUGUGAGCGUUGUGUAGCGGUUGGAAUGAGCGUUUUCUUAUCUGCUUUUUUUUUUCAACCGCUGGAUUUGGAUUGUCGUAAAGUGCUAAUGAAUGAUAUUUUUUUAUGUAAAC